UGCAUUUCUGCUAUCCGACCAAUCAGAAGCGUCGGAUAGACUCGCCUUUGUACAUUUGAAAAAUUUCUCUUAACGAACUAGCCAGAGAGACAAGCGUAGCGCAUUCCAUUUUUUGCAUCGUCUCUGUUCACAUGUAUCAUAACUAAAAAUAAUUUCACAUUUUUUUUUAAAUUAUUUUAAUUAUUCGUCGUGUUUGUGUAAUUAAUUUUGAUGAACUGAAUCAUUCGAAUUUGUUGUAAAUACGCUGAUUAGAUAGAAUAGAGUUUAGUUUUGUUUAACUUAAAUCUACAUUUAACGGGAGAACAUGGCUACACGAAGAGGAGCAACCGUCGUUGAUGAGAACUUGAUCACUCAUGGUGACGCAGUAUUGGGUGGCAUCAAGAAGACAGCCAUCACGACAACAUCGACAACAACAACACGCCGUGCGGCCCUCGGAAAUUUGGUCAAUCGCACAGAUAAGCCACGCGUCUUGAAUGACAAAAAGGCCACAAAUCAAAGCAAUUCCAUCGAAAAUGUGAAUCCAUCCGGUGGCGUUGAUUUGAAAAAUGUGAAAGCUCGAGUGGAUACACACUGGAAAAAUGAGCCACUUCGAAAGCCAGUGUUACGCACCAAUUCGGUACGAAAAGGGUCGCUAACCAGCGUUACUUCGAUUCCAUCGGUACAAUCUGGCCCGAAAUUGGUGAAGACAAGAACAAUUGAAACGGCAUCAGUCAAAGAAGUCAAAGUGAUCGAUAAGCCAACGGUCAUGAAACGCCAAGAUAGCACAUUGACUCGUCGCGCUAAAGUCGUUACGGGCAGUGGCAAAAGCAGCAUCCCCACAAUUGGCAAGAGCCAACUCAGCCGCACCAAAUCGAAUGACACGCCACUUGAAGUCCAGUCAGCUAAACUCAUCGCAGACAUUCCACCCGUUCAAUCCAGAUUCCGACCACCGUCUUUCGGCGAAUCAUAUUCCAAUGGAUUAAUUGAUGGCUUUGGUGGCUUGAACAUCGAUGAUGGAGAUGAAGAAAAUGCACUACUUGUAUGUGAAUACGUGAAUGAUAUCUAUGCAUACAUGUUCGACAUGGAGCAAAAGUUUGCAAUUCGCAAGAAUCACUUGGACGGACAACAGGAAGUGCAUCCACGAAUGCGAACCGUAUUAUUGGAUUGGAUCAGCGAAGUUCAUACGCAAUACCACUUUGCUCAGGAAACAUUUCACAUUGCCGUAUCGACCGUUGAUCGUUAUUUGCAAGCUGUUAAAUCAACGUCACGAAAGAAUCUUCAACUAGUCGGAGUAGCUGCACUGCUCAUUGCGGCAAAAUACGAAGAAUUGUAUCCACCAGAGGUGCAAGACUUUGUCUACAUCACGGACAAUACAUACACGAAAGAACAGAUUCUUUCGAUGGAAAAGCAUAUGCUGAAAAGACUGAAUUUUGAAAUGGGAGCACCAACAGCAAUUCAUUUCUUGCGAAGAUUCUCAAAGGCAGCUCAAGCCGACAGCCAAACACACAUUCUAUCCAAAUACUUCAUUGAAUUGUCGGCAAUUGAUUACGGUCUGUCCGAAUAUCUACCAUCAGAGAUUGCAGCCGCAUCGUUGUUCAUCUCAUUGUGUUUAAUCAAUUCGUUGGUCAGCGACAAUUCGAUCAAUUUCGACAAAUUAUGGAAUCCAGUUUUGGAAUACUACAGCACAUACGACAUGAAGCAUUUGCGUCCAAUUGUCAAUCAACUGAUUGCCUACAUACUAACCGCACCGACAUCAAAAACUAACAACGUCUACACCAAAUACUGUUCACAAAAACAAGGUGGAAUGGCUUUGGUUUGUGAAAAAUCCAAAAACAUUCUGAACAAGGUCAUGACAACAGAGUAGAGUGUGCCUUUCUGUGUCUUUCCUUUAAAAAAAAAAAUAUCCUAAUUUCAUGAAAAAAUGUAAUUUUCGCGUUUUGUAAUUUGACGAGUAAGAAAUCGAUAUUCAGCUUACGAAAGAGCGUGAAACUGCAUGUUUGUUGUAAAAAAUUUUAUGUGAAAAUACUUUGAUUUUGAGAAUGGCCAAUAAAUUAUAUCAGAUAUCAUGAUCAUGGCCCAAAUGAAUGAUACUCUUUCAUUGGUUUCUUCACUCCUUCAUUCUUUGCGUUUGUCCGAAUUUUUUUUUAGCAUUUUUUUUUCCGAAACCAUUUCUAAUAUGACUAAUCGCUGAUUGAACAAUUUGCCAUUUUAUUUAGAAAAAAAAUUGAACAAAUUCACUCGUUGUCGAAGUAGUUUAGUUAUUGUAAUUUGAAAAAUCCGAAAUAAUGUUAUAAAAGAACACAUUUUGAUCAAGAAAUCAUCUAAUUUCUGUGCAGCCCAAAUGGCAUCAUCACUUACCAUUUGGUUUGACUGAGAUGCAAUAAAAUAUUCACUGUUCGAUAAGAUUCGGUAGGGAUAGACCAGGCUUCCAUAAAGUUUCAUUUCAUGUUUCAAUUCAUUAAUAAAAAAAAAAACGAUCAUGAAUUUUCCGUUUGAAAGUCAAA